AUGGAUAGACAAUCUCUAUUGGAACAAAAGAGACAAAGACUACAGGAAUUGAAACAGCGGAGACUAGGCACUGCUAGUAAUGAUGAUAAGUUAGUUAAUGAGCUAAUAGAUCAGUUUCAGACUUUACCAAAUCAACGUAACCCGAAGCAAGUUAAUGUCGCUAUUCAAGUAGAUAUUACUCCUCAAGAACAGGAAAGUAGCUAUAUAAAUAGUGGUACUCCUGUGCAUAAUGAAAAUUCAAAUACAAAUGAGAAUAAUAUUAUUACUUACGAUAAAGCCAUCCAAACAGUCGAUGAACCGUCUGAUACAGAAAGUGAGUCCAGAACUACAGUCGUUGAAGGAAUAAAUGAAGACGAAGAAGCAAUUGAAAGUGCUCCUGUGGUUCAAAUAGAGGAAUCUAAAUUAAAUGCUUCCAUGAAACAAUCAUUCAAGUUCCUUAGUAAAAUAAUUACUCAAGAAGCUCUUGACUCAAGCAUACUCAAGAAUUAUACAGAUGAUGAUGAUUUGAAGAAUAAAUUUGGUAAAACUAUGGACGAAGAGAUUUCUAAAAGUGACCCUUUCCAAUUGAAUCUUGACAUUCCCCCCAUUAAAGGUCGAUUGGUAAGAGAUAUUGAUACAUCUCCUCAUUUUCACGAACUAAUGGUUGCCUCUUAUUCACUUGAAAAUUCUAGUAUAAACCAACUAAUUUCAAGUCAGCUACAUUUCGAUAACGUUACUCAGUCCCCUGGCCUCGCAAUAAUCUACAACGUAAAAAGUUCAAAAGCAUUUCCUGAAUAUUUUUUGCAUUGUAGUUCAUCAAUAACCAAAAUAAAAUUUGAUAAAGUGAAUCCACGCAAAGUUAUCGGUGGCUUGUCGGAUGGUAAAGUUGUUAUUUGGGAUCUACUGGAUAAUCGAAGGAAUAGUGUUGCCAUUUUACCCCUGUUAAUGACGCCUGUUUUAUCAAAUAUUGCGUCGUCAAUAAUAAAUAAUUGCCAGCAAACAGUUAAUUUCGUACACCACAAGAAUGAAAUUUCAUCUAUUAAUCAGAUACUGGUAGAACACAAUGAAUGCAUUAUUUCCACAUCUCUAGAUGGCGUUAUUAACCUUUGGUCUUCUAAUUUAUUAGCAUGGCCAAAAAUUAGUUCUUUAAAACUAAGCAAGCCAAUUAAUAAUGCCGAAACAUACGUAAAACCGAAAGAAAUACUAACGAUUUCAAAUGUUUUAAUGUUACGAAAAGAACCUGAUCUCGCAAGAUCUGUGAAAAAAGAACUUUCUUCGCAACCUCCAGCCUAUAAGUUUUUGAACAGAUUAUUAGUGGGAAGUGAUGAUGGUAAGUUAUUUAGAUUAUCAAAUGAUGCUCGUAACGGAAACAUUGAAUUAUUAUACGAGGAAGAUUAUAGAGAGGGCGAGAAUCCUCUUCAUUCUAAUAGUAUUACAUCCAUAAUAGAAUUACCAAUUGAAGGUCAGGAAACAGUAAUUGCAACAUCUAAUGUUGACUGGAGUAUAAAAAUGUGGAAAUCAAGUCAGAAAAGUCCUAUACUUCAAAUACCUACUAAUUAUUUAAUACUUGAUAUGAAAUCUCGUCCUACUAACCCUUUGCAGUUUUUCACGUUGGGGGUUUUCAAUCAAAGCCUGAAUCAUGAUUUACGCCCCAUAAUUGACUUUUGGGAUGUUAGCCGCAGAUUGAUGAAUCCUAUCUGUUCGAUUUUACUUGAUUCACAAAUUGAAAGCAAUGAGCACACCAUAAAUUCUAAACUUUAUUCAACGUCAGCUAAAUUUUAUGAUAACGGCAACAAUAUAAUAGUAGGAUUCAAUGAUGGUUCAAUUCAGAUCUGGUCUAUUAAUGACGUAAUUUUGAAUGAAGUGAUUGAAAGUAGAUCAAAUAGUAAUAUCGAUGAUGGAUUAAUUGGAUUUUUACAAAGAAAUAAAAAAAUCUGA